UCGGCUGGAGAGAGCCUCGCACUCAAGAGCUUGGUCAGUUAUCAGGACCAAGGAUGUCUGCGUUCUGGGCUGUUUUCCUUCUCUGCAGCCUGCUGACCCCUUCACAAGGACUUGCAAUCAUGUCCUCGGUUGGCAAAGUGGAUGUAGAUGAUAUUAAACAUUCACUAGCCAAACGUGACCUCCAGAAGCUUCAGGGUGGUCUCCUUGGCGGCAAGCUGCUCAGUAGUCUCCUUGAAAAAGAUAGUCCUCUUGGCAGCGUCCUUGGUGAAGAUGGUGCUGUUGGCAGUCUCCUCAGUGGAGAUGGUGUCCUUGGUGGUCUCCUUGAAAGAGAUGGUGUCCUUGGUGGUCUCCUCGGUGGAGAGGGUGUCCUUGGUGGUCUCCUUGGCAGAGAUGGUGUCACUGGCAAAAUCCUUGGCGGAGAUGGUGUCCUUGGUGGUCUCCUUGACAGAGAUGGUGUCCUUGGUGGUCUCCUUGACAGAGAUGGUGUCCUUGGUGGUCUCCUUGGCAGAGAUGGUGUCACUGGCAAAAUCCUUGGCGGAGAUGGUGUCCUUGGUGGUCUCCUUGACAGAGAUGGUGUCCUUGGUGGUCUCCUUGGCAGAGAUGGUGUCCUUGGUGGUCUCCUUGACAGAGAUGGUGUCCUUGGUGGUCUCCUUGGCAGAGAUGGUGUCACUGGCAAAAUCCUUGGCGGAGAUGGUGUUGCUGGCAGACUCCUUGGUGGAGAUGGUGUCCUUGGUGGUCUCCUUGGCAGAGACGGUCUUGUUGAUGGUCUCCUUGGCAAAGAUGGUCUUGUUGAUGGUCUCCUUGAUGUUGUCCUUGAUAUUCUCAUUGGAAAAGGUGGUGUCCUUGGAAAAGAUGGUCUCGUUGGCAAUCUUCUUGGUGGAAAUGGUGGAGAUCUCACAGGGCUGAAAAUUGUGAACAACACCCUCCCCAAAAUAAGUCUGCGCUCCCUGCCAGGCUUUGGGCACGAGGUGGGCUUCAACACCCAGCUGCUGGUAGAGAGCACCAGCAGUGCGCUGGGCAGGGCGCUCUGCGUGCAGGUGGAAGCAGACGUGGUCAUGCUGGUCCAGGACAAGUGGGCGGCUCUCCAGAGCAAUAAGGACUGCAAGACUUUGGACAUAAACAUCCGUGUGAGACCCAAAGUGCCACUUCUGGAUCAGCCUUUAAAACGCCUCCUUAGUGAUGUCCUGCGUGAGGUGGGGUGCAACAUCGUCAACAGCAGGCUCAACGUGGUGAGCGCUCUGCUCGGCUCCAGGACGCCCGCAUUCCCGCUCGGGACUCUGGGAGAUCUGCCCCCCUUUUCCAUCAUCAGCGGCGACGCCAUCCAGCUGGAUCUAAAUCUCCUCGUCGGGGACGCGGAAGGUGGCGUGGUGGCCUCCACGCAGGGACCGCCACUCGCAGCCACGCUGUUACUAGCCACCGGCCACCCGCCGCUGCUCAGGCUCUCCCAGCGCACCCUCAGCACCCUGCUGGAGCCCAUCCAGGGGCAGGGAGCCUUCAGCCUCAGCAUCACCGACUCAAUGGUGCCCGAUAGCAUCUCGCUGUCCACGUCUGCCCUCCUGCCGCUCAUGCCCCAGGUCGCCAAGGUCCUCCCCGGCUCUCUGCCGCUGGAGCUGCACGUGCGGGUGGCCAACAAGCCGGUGGUGGCCGUGAGGGACAGAAGAGCCACUGCCACCCUCAAAGCCUCUAUCGACGUCUUCAGUCCCCUCCUGCAGUCCUCCCAGAAGCCUCUCUUCUCCCUCGACACGGACAUCGUUCUGAACAUCAUCCCAUCGGUCUCCAACGGCAAACUGCAAACCUCCCUGGCUCUUGACAGCAUCAACCUGACACGGGCACCCCUGAGACUCGACCCUCUCAGUGUCUCCCCGCUUGCAGGAUGGCUCAAGCAAGUCCUUGCUGCUGCAUAUGUACCUGCCAUUAACGAUGCCUUGCGUGUGUCGGUCCCUCUGCCCAACAUUCUCAACACCAGCCUCAGGAACGCCAAGGUUGACAUCACCGAUGCAGAUGACUCUUUCAACCAGAACAGUCUCAAAAGAUCCUGCUCGGGAGGACCCUUGACCCUGUUCGCUGUCUGAGGCAGGCAAUGCACCGUGAGCCCCAGAGCCCUGCUCAUCUCUGCUGUCUCCAUCUUCAUUUUCCCUUGAGUAACACCCUGUGUUACUGCCGUGGCCCGAGGGUCUCUGGUCGGCUGGUCCUGGUGUAGACUGGCAUCGGGGUAGGGAAAGCUGCUCAGCUGGUGGAUGUUAGGGGGGGGUUCUGUGGCCACUUUUAACAUCCAUAGUUGGGAAGCAGAGCUCUUUCUUAAGCAUAAAGGUUGCUCUCGUAUUGCUCUUUCAAUAAAAUCAUUCACUG